AUGCUCGACGAAAAUCUCCCAACCUACCGCUCUCGGAUUUCCUCCGACAAUCCCCUGAACUCGAUUCUAUACUACACACACAAUGGCUCCGAGGCCCGGCCAGAAUAUCUCCUCAAGAGACCGGCGCCUGCCCAAGCUCCCAACCAGUACGCCCUGGGCUUGUUCGACGUCCAGUACAGCUCCGUCGUGUACGCAGAGGUGCUCGUGAAACCCGACUGGACACAGCCCACCCUCUCCGCCGCCGAGGUUCGCGCGAAUGGCGGCAACGCGGUCGCCCUCCCCGUCGUACCUCACUCGUUCGCCGUGUCCCUGUACAACCCCGACCAGAGCAUAACCGUCCGGUACCAGACCAGCAGCUGGAGCAAGGACGCGUGGGAGUUCGAGGUGCCGGAGACGAGCUUCAAGACGCCGAGCGCCAGCAAGAUCGACCAGGACGCCUCGACGCCCGUGCUGGCGGACCUGAUCCCCCGGCUCAACUUCCACUGGAAGCGGGACAGCAGGAUGAACAGGGACAUGACCUGCUACAUGUCGGGGAGGACCGUGGGCGGGAAGAAGGCCAAGGAGCCGGACAUCACGGUCGCGCUCUUCCAGGCGGGCAAGACGGAGGGGGCGGUGGCCAUCUACGAGCCGAAUAUGAACCGUGUCGAGGUGGAGGACCGGAAGGGCCUGGAGCUGGUGCUCCUGCUGAGCGCCGAGGUCAUCAGGGACCUGUACCUCUCCCCCAAAUCAGACCCGUUCAACACCGCCGGAGCUGCGGCGCCGAGCGCAGCCGGCGUGAAGGCGGGCAAGGCCCCGCGGAAGAACUCGUCGCCGCCCCUCGCCAUGUCGGGAGCUCUUAACAGCGUGACACCUGCCUCGCCGCCACAGCAGAGCCAACAGCAGUUUGCGCCCCCGUCGCGCCCACCUCCCCAGGAUGCUCGGAGGGCAGAGAUCGACGCCGAGUCAAAGCGGUUGCAGAAACUCGUCGCAGAGGAGAAGGCCAUGACGCGGGACCGAGAGAGGCAGGACAGGGAGGAGCAGCAACGGAUCAGAGAGAUGCUGGAGCAGGAGGAGAGGGAGGAGAGAGACCGGCGGCAGCGCGAGGUCGAUGCCGAGACGGAGCGCCUCCGGAGAGAGUACGGCGUGGAGCAGCCCGGCCGCAACGGCGCAAGGUCACCGCCCUCCCCAGCCCUGCCCCCUCGACGAAUGCAUGGAGCGUCAAUGUCUGGCGCUGGAGGAGGAUGGAGUCCAACCGAAGCACGCCCUCCUCGCCCGCAGAGCGUGGGGCCAUCAGUUCAGUUCACCCCAGACGCCCAGCAAACUCAGCAGGGCGCCGGCGGAAACGGUGGGAGACGUCAGAAACUGAACCAGUUCCUCCAGACUUCGCCGUAUGCCGGCCCCGCGGCGGCCAGCGUCAGCGGAUUCUUUGGGGGUGGCGCCAGGACGGAGGAGGAUAAGCAAAAGAAGAUGAAGAAGAAGCGGAGUGUUCACUUUUGA